AUGGGGAAUCUUAAAUUGCUUUGCACAAUCUAUUAUCUUUUUCUCCGGCCAAAGUGGUUUCCGCAUCCUUUGUCCCGUGUCAAGCAAUCAGCUGGAUAUCGACUAUACUGGGGAACAAAAGUUGACGUGGUAGGAUUUUGCUUCCUUUAUCUCGCAUCCAAUUAUGAACCUCCAGAAUCACUUGUAAAAAGGCUUGAUGCUGAUACAGAGCCUAUUUAUAUUGGAUUCGGUAGCCUUCCUGUUCAAGAGCCAGAGAAAAUGACCCAAGUAAUUGUGGAAGCACUGGAAAUAACUGGACAGAGUGGUAUCAUUAACAAAGGCUGGGUGGCCUUGGCAACUGUUCAUCACGGUGGUGCAGGAAUAACUGCUGCCGGUCUUAAAGCAGCGGUGAAGAAGCGUGCAGUUGAACUCGCAAAGUCCAUGGAGAAAGAAGAUGGAGUAAUUGGAGCAGUUAAAGCAUUUUUUAAGCAUUAUCCUUGUCCGAAGGCUCAGACUAAGCCUGAGACCAGGGGCUUCCUUGACAGUUCAAAAACCGUCGUCAGAAAACUCCCCGCCGUUAUCAUUUCUGUCAACUACCGUCUGGCUCCGGAGCAUCGUUGUCCCUCUCAAUAUGAAAAUGGCUUUGAUUUGCUCAACUUUAUCGACACAAAUUUAAAUUCCAUUGAAAGCUUGCCUUCCUACGCUGAUUUUAAUCACUGUUUCAAUGCUGGAGACAGCGCAGGAAGCAACAUAGCUCAUCACGUAGCUCUCAGAGCUGUUCAGAACAAUUUAACCAGAGUAAAAAUCAUUGGAGUUUUAGCUAUUCAGCCAUAUUUUGGUGGGGAGGAAAGGACUCCAUCAGAAAUAACGCAUGAGGGAGCUCCACUAAUAUCAAUAGAGAGGACUGAUUGGACGUGGAAGGCGUUUUUGCCAGAAAGGUCGGACCGGGACCAUGGGGCAGCGAACGUUUUCGGGCCGAAGGGGCAUGAUAUUUCCGGAGUGAAUUUUCCGGCGACGAUUGUUUUUGUUGGAGGUUUUGAUCCAUCGAAAAAUUGGCAAACGGGGUACUUUCAAGGGCUGACGGAUCGUGGAAAAGAAGCUGAGUUGGUCGAGUUUGAUAAUGCUUGUCACUGUUUCUAUCUUUUUCCUAAGCUGCCUGAGUUUGACCAAUUCGUUGACAGGGUUAGGCAGUUCAUAAAUGGAUGA